UUAAAAUCAAAAUGCACCAUCAUUAUUGCUAGUGUUUGUAGAUGAAAAGAGAAUAAUUAACGUCAUUUGCAAUUACUGUCAAAAAUUUCAUUUUACAAGCAGAGCAAAAUUCAUUUUUCAAAACAAACUCUUUUUUUCGGAAAAGAGCUUCAAAAACAGAUUAUUGUGCUGAAAUCAUGAGAGCAAUCAUUAUUCUAUUGUCUUUAGCAUCCAUCCCAGUUCUCAUAUUGUGCAUUGCGAUAACAAUUUUCCAUCAAUUUUACUGCAUAGAUGAGACGAGAAUUUUUGAAAGCACAAUUGAGGACGACGACAAUGAUAAUGCAGAAUUUUAUUUCGAUUUUCUUGUUAAAUUUUGUAUCGUUGCUUUGUUUCAUUGGAAUUAUCAAGUGAUUCAAAACUAUUCGAAUCUCAUAGCAAAGCUACUUCAAAUUCGUCGUGAUUUGAUCAAAAUUGAAAAUGCAGCAACAAAAGUUCAAUCUCAGCUGAAAUCAUACAAUAGUGAUGAUGGAAACAUUACAUUGGAAACAGCCAAAAGCGAAAAAGUCAUGAGUGUUGUCGAGAUAAAGAGAAUAAUGAAGAAACUAACAAUGAGAAAAUCUAAUAUCGCCAAGAACAAAAGAAAUUUAUUGAUACGGAAAAUUCAUGUUGGGAUUGAGAGAAGAAGCAUUUAUAUUACAAAUCAUCAUCAGUUCCAUAAUAUUCGUCGAUAUCACAUAAAAGAGGACCAUGAAAUGAUCAAAGAUGAUGCAAACAAUAAAGACGUAAAAGUUAUGACAAACUCAAUUAAUCAAGAUGAGGAAAAUGUGAAAGGAAUGAUAAAACUCAUUUCGACAAAACGACGGGUUUCAAACUUCUUCAUUGCUAUGGGAAUACAAUUAUUAAAUGAGGUUUACAAUGCGGGAUGUGCUAUUGUUUAUGGAUGUGAGAAUAUUUCUCAAUAAAAGUUGUACUUUUUGUUUUAAA